AUUUGUAAUGUCAAUCAAGCCCUAUGCUAAAGCAGAUAAGAUCAAACUGCUCAACUGUUGCUUAUUAAUUAAGAGAUAAAGUAUAGUUGAGAUUUUUCCUCCAUAUAAACAAAACUUAUUCUUGACUUUCUAUUCACUCAAACACCCUUUAUAAACAGGAUGACAAUGAUGCUUUUUAUGAUCAUCUUAAUUUUGAGUAAUCAAAUAGGAAUUUCACAUGGACAGCUCAAAGUUGGUUUCUAUGACAAAAAAUGCCCAAAUGUUGAAUCCAUUGUGAGUGGUGUUGUCAAAAGAUUUGCUGCCUCCAACAAAAAUAUAGCUCCUGCCUUGCUUAGGGCCCCCAAACAGGCUCUUAGACUUCAUUUUCACGAUUGCUUUGUUCAGGGGUGUGAUGCAUCAAUUCUUAUAGAAAAUGGACCUAAUGCUGAAAGGCAUGCAUUUGGUCAUCAAGGUGUUGGAGGAUUUGAAGUGAUUGAGAAAGCUAAAGCAGAGGUUGAGGCUGUUUGUCCUCGACUUAUUUCUUGUGCUGAUAUUGUUGCUAUUGCUGCUAGGGAUGCUAUACUUUUGGUAAAUGGGCCAUUCUAUAAUGUGGAAACAGGAAGAAGAGAUGGGUUGGUUUCAAAUGUAUCUUUAGCUGAUAAUAUGCCAGACGUUGAUGAUUCCAUUCAACAACUCAAACAUAAGUUCUUCCAGAAAGGCCUUUCUCACAAAGACCUUGUUCUCCUCUCUGCUGCACAUACAAUUGGUACCACUGCAUGCUUUUUCAUGACCAAACGACUCUACAACUUCUCUCCCAACAAAGGUUCUGAUCCAUCGAUAAAUCCUACAUUUCUUCACGAGUUGAAGUCCACUUGCCCCCAAAACGGAGAUGUUAAUGUCAUGUUAUCGAUGGACAGAGGCAGCGGUGAGACAACAUUCGACAGUCAAAUUCUGCAGAAUAUUAGAAGUGGCUUCGCUGUACUACAAUCUGAUGCAAAUUUAUAUAACGAUGAGACAACAAGGAGAGUUGUAGAUUCUUACUUUGCAUUUCUUAGCCCAUUUUUGGGGACAUCAUUCCAGGCUGAUUUUGCCAAUGCAAUGGUGAAAAUGGGAAGAAUUGGAGUACUUACUGGCUCUCAAGGAACUAUUAGACGUGUUUGUUCUGAUUUUUAAUUAAGUUCUUAGAGAUAAUUAAUUACAAAAAUAGAUGGUACUAUAUAGUAAAAUAGCAUAUAGUUGUAAUUAAUUACUAAGCAUUAUUGACAACAUAUAUUACUUGUAAUUCAUUAAUAAUUCUAUUUAUUAUCCAUGAUGAAAGUUAUGAAAUCCUAAUACAAAAUCUACGGCAAAUUUAAAGCCAAUC